AUGUGGUUGACCUUACUGACGUGGAAUUGCCUUUAUUGGCUAACGUGUGGUUCCUCGUGGAUCCUCGUAAAUCCGAUACUCGGUGAGCAAGUAGAUCUCGUCGGCGGUGGGAACGAAAGUUUCACUCCCGGUUGGACGAAAAGUGCGGAGAACGACGAGACGAAGGGCGUGUUCGACGCUUUCAAUUCGACGCAAUUCCCGUUCAAUUCCAUCGAUCGUGAUCGCGAUCUCAUGGACGAGGUGGAACACAUCGAACCUAGGCAUUGGCCAGUCAGGCCAGAUAUUUUGUACACGCGUACAAAGCUUGUCCCAUCGACCACGGAGCCAUUGCCACGGAAGCCGCUCGAUCCAUCUACAUUCGCCCGAAGGAAUUCGUCGACGCAGCGGUAUCCACCGAUCGCACCGCCGCUACCCACAGCAUCGAUAGACGAGGUUUUCUGCGACUUCGGAUCAUUCCCAGCGCAGACACUCUGCGAGUGGCAAAAUGGUGAUAGCGCGAUAGACUGGUUGGCAGGAACUGGUAUGGGCACCAAUUGGAUAGGUGGCCCCCCGAGCGACUACACCACUGGCACCAUGGAAGGAGGGUAUGCCUUCUUGGAGACGUCGCAGUUGCCACGAAAAGAUAGUAAAACAAAAAUUCUGGGAGGAUUGCUGCACAGUCCUCAACUGGGAAGCACAGGAGUUGUUGGGACCUGUGUCAUGUUCAAAUACAGCAUAGAUGGUCUCAGCGUCGCUGGCCUGAGGGUUCUCCUUCACGUGGGCACUGACGAAUACUCGAUUAAAAAAGAACAGACGGAGGAAAUCACGCCGGAGAACGCAACCGUACCGUCUUGCAAGCCGCUGGACGUUUUUGACGAACGUGUCAUUUGGAACGCGCAGUACUACACACUGGGCAUUUGGCAGCAAACCCAGUUGCUAUACACUUAUCCCGAGUUACACUCGUUGAUCAUCGAGGGGAUCCCCGUGGAUUCUACUGACCCAGCUCACCUGUACAGAGGCUACAUAGCCAUCGACGACAUAGAUUUACAACCAGGCACCUCGUGCAUUGGUUUCUGCAACUUUGCUGGCGGAUUUUGCGAUUGGGCCAAUGACGCAGAGGAUGAUUUCGAUUGGACGAUUAGCCGAGGAAGUGGGAAUCCUACAACAGGACCAGCAAUGGACAGUUCGACAGACCGAUCAACAGCCGGUGGAUACGCCUAUAUAGAUUCCUCCUUUCCUCGUCGACCGGGUGACAGAGCUAGACUCGUUAGCACCAGCUUUCCCGCGCCAAGUGCCGACGCACCGAUGUGCAUGCACUUCUGGUUCCACAUGUUCGGCUCUGGAAUCGGUACGUUGAAGCUGUUCGUUCGCCAUUUUCGUAGUUUGGACGCGCCCCUUCGAGAAAUCUGGAGCCUGAGCGGAAACGCGGGGAACACGUGGUUCGUCGCUCAAAUCACCAUCAGCUCGUUGGACGAUUUUCAGCUUCUUUUCGAAGCGUCUGUGGGUAACACUGGCAUGGGAGAUAUUGCCAUUGACGACAUUUCUUUUGCACAGGGAGCUUGUCCAGCGGAGACGACCGUUGAUUUUAGAAAAUUCACUUCGUGGAUGCUUACAGCUCUACCUCAGGUUGCUGUAUCUACACCGCGAGACUGUACGUUCGAGGUCGACGAAUGCGACUGGAUCAAUUCUCGAGAUCCUGAUCGAGUGGAAUGGGAGAGAGUGUCCGUGCAGGCGUUGAAUCCGAGAAACCAACGAAAACCGUACAGCAAUGGGUAUACAGUCAAUCGAAGAAACGAGUAUUUCCUUGGUUUGGGUCGCCCGAGAGGAGGGCCUCGAUCAUCCGGAGGCGGAACAGCACAACUCGUUAGUCGUGAAAUGAAGGGCAGUGAGGAACCACUGUGUGUCACCUUCUGGUAUUUCAUGUUUGAAUCAUUUAUUGAUUCCACCGGUCCAAGUUUAGGGGUACUCCGUGUGUCUAUACAAACAACCGAAGAAUCACCAACCGAAUCAAAGUCAGUCUGGCAGCUGUAUAAUAAUCAAGGACCCACAUGGAGCUACGCACAGAUCAGUAUAAAUGAGAGGAAAAACUUCAAUGUAGUUUUCGAGGGCACUUGGGGUCCUAAUCGUGCUAGUGGCAGCAUUGGCAUUGACGAUAUCGCUUUUUAUACUGGCAAUUGUUCCGUGAAACCACCUAGUGCAUCUGUGAGACCAGAAGAUUGCAGCUUUGAGAAAGGUUUAUGUGGUUGGGAAAAUAUUACUUCCUCGGAGAACGAGCGUGCAGUCACUUGGCAGCGUGCGUUCCUCGCUCAUCGUCCAGCUCAGCUGUUAGACAAAACUUUCGGAGCAACCGGAGACUUUGUUUUCUUUGACAUUUUUACCACAAAUAAACAAUCAACAGAUGUACAGUUACGAUCGCCCGUGAUUCAGACGUCGCCCGACGAGGAGUCCGUUUGUUUGACUUUUUGGUUCGCUGCCUUCGGUGUCGAGGAAUCUACAACCUUGCAAAUUAUCAAAAUGAAUACCGACGAGGAAGCAGCGGGCGACGACGAAGAGAACAAUGGGAAACAACAACCUGUAGAUAUUUGUAAUCCUCCGAGAUCUGCGUUAUGGUCGUUAACAGCGAAGGGAUUUAACAAUCCCAGACCUGUAUGGACUGCCGCACAGGUGACGAUAGAUGCUCGUGUACCUUACCGUCUCAUCUUAAGAGGAAGCGCCAGUAACGGGGGUUUUGCGAUUGACGACAUAAAGUUCCAGCCACAAAGUUGUGCAACCUACUGCUGCAAUAGCUCUCAUAAUAGAUCCUAAAUUCCCUGGUUCUCUUAUAUUAUCACAGAUAACAGUAAGUGGUAAUGCAUUUUCAAGUGGUUUAUUCUUUUGUACAUCCGGAGUUUUGAAAAUUCCUACAUUGUGA